AUGCAUGCAGCUAAGACAGUUUAUUUUACUGUUUUCGUUCUUGCGACUAUGGCAUUCAUUUUUCAUGCUACUGCUAUGGGUCACCAUCACUGGAAGCAUGUCACCGGCAAGAACAUAACCCUUACUGGUUUUAAUCGUACAUCAAUUGGUUUAUUCAUACGAUGCGUACCCAGUGAUACACUGUAUACAGAAUAUUGUUUUCCAAACACGUACCCAGUUCUUCAUAGAGCUUGUAAAUGGUCAGAUUGUCAAAAUAAGAAUUUAACCGAGAAUUGUGGAUGUGAUUAUCUACCAUCAAGCAAAGGCAUUGCAGCAUGUACAAUCAUUGCUGCUGUGUUUCUUGGCAUAGCCAUCAUUCUCCUAUUUAUUCAUUCAAUUAGAACGAACGAAACACGUGUAGCAGCGAUACUGCUCAGUUUUCUUCCAUUGAUAUUACUUUUCUUGGCAUUCAUCUUUAUGUUAAUAGCACUCAUUCUUGUUGGAAGCUACCUUUCACGGGAUAUUAUGGCUGUUUAUCGAACAAUCUUCGAUAACGAAUCAUGGGAAGACGCUCGAAAAAUAGCUACAGAAUCAUAUUCUACACGAAUCGGUUGGGCAUCUGGUUUGGAAAUCAUUGCUUUAGUGCUCACGUUUUUGUCCUUAGUUUUAUAUUGUCUUUUUGUUUUCAAAUUAAGCCGAACGGCAUAG